AUGCUCUCGACCAGCCUUCUUCUCCUUUGCCUUUCAUCAACUCUCUGGGGUUUCCCCGGUCAACUGGUAAAUUCAGCUGACUGUUCUCCAAAUACGUGCACCUGCAAAACAAGCGCCGGUCUCACACCUCUCCUUCGUUCAUGGAACUGCCAAAUUGGCGAUCAUUUUUACACGACAAAUCGUGAUGAGCAGCUGAAUUCAAUCGGAAAAGGCUACGUAGUAGAGGCCAAUAUGGGCUUCAUUGGUACGGUGGCGGGUUAUGGCGGGUGCAUCGGAAUGGUGCAAAUCUAUCGAUUGGUGUCACCUACUGCGAAUGAUCACUUCUAUACGACGAGCUAUGAUGAAAUGCUGAAUAUGCUCAAAACGUACAACCUCGAGGGCACAAUGGGCUAUUGCAUGUCAGCGCCUGGCUGUGGUCUGGUGCCACUACAUCGCUUCUGGAACCCGAGCAUCUCAGACCAUUUCUAUACAAGCGAUCAAGUGGAGAAAGAUGCUUUCUUGCAAAACGGCGCCUGGAAGUACCAGGGAAUUCAGUGUUACGUCUGGGAGUCAACUGAUGUAAGAAGUUGC